CCACCUGGAAGUCAUCGACGAGUUUUUCACAUUCGAAUUUUAACGCCGACCUUUCACUCGAGAUCGUCGUUCACGAUGGCAGCACCUCAGCUUUCUCUGUCCACUGAUCGGUACUCGUGCUCGGUGUGCCUGGACGUCCUGAAGGAGCCCGUCACCAUCCCGUGUGGACACAACUACUGUAUGCGCUGUAUAAAUGACUACUGGGACCAGUCGGACAAAGAGAGGGUCUACAACUGUCCUCAGUGCAGAAGGACAUUUAACGUGAGACCAGAGCUCAACAAAAAUGCAAUGUUAAAGGACAUAAUUGAGAAUUUAAAAUCCAGGGAAGCCGAUGUGGACCCAGCCUGGAGUUGUGCCGAACCUGACGAUGUCCCCUGUGAUGUUUGUCCAGUUAGAAAUCGGAGAGCCGUGAAGACCUGCAUGACCUGCAUGAUCUCCUACUGUGAGACUCACCUGCAGCCACACAAGGAGAAUGGCGCCUACAAAAGACACAAACUGGAGGAGCCGACUGGAAACCUGGAAGAGAAACUCUGCGCAAAACACCAGGAGGUCCUAAAAAUCUUCUGUAGGAUCGACGAGACCUGCGUCUGCUUGAUGUGUGCGGUGACCGAACACAAGAGUCACGACACGGUGACACCUGAGGAGGAGAGAGCGGAGAGACAGACUCAGCUGGAAAACAAAAUGACUGAAAUGAAAAGUCAAAUGGAGGAGAAAGAGAAGGAACUGGAGGAGAUCAAGGAUAUGGUGAUGGUGAUUCAGAUUUCUGCUGAGAAGGAAAUUCAAGAAUACGAGAAGACCUUCAGGGCUGUGCUUGAGUCCAUUGAGAGGCUGAGGUCAGAGGUCACCAUGGUCAUUAGAGAGUAUGAGAGGAGGGAAGUGGGAAAGGCCGAAGAGCUCAUCAAGCGACUGGAGAAGGAGAUUGAGGCACUGAAGAGGAGAGAUGCUGAGCUGGCCGAGCUCUCACAGACAGACGACCACAUCCACUUUCUAAAGAAGUUCCUGUCUUUCUGUGACCCCCCUAGAGAGGAAGAUGGAACUGACAUCACCAUUGAUAUCGAUAUUUUCCGGAGGACUCUGGAUCUGUGUGACCUGAUGAAGAGUCUGGAGGAUGUCAGUGACUGGGAGUUUGUGAAGACCAGUGAGACCGGAGCUGAUGAUUCAAGUCACAUCCUGCAGAAUCUGAGAUGUAGAAAUCACCUUUUAAAGUACUUCUGUCCACUCACCCUGGACCCCAACACGGCACACAGACUCCUGUGCCUGUCUGAAGAGAACAGGAAGGUGACAUGUGAGGUGACAGAGAGCCUGUAUCCCAAUCACCCUGAUAGAUUUGACCAUUGGAACCAAGUUCUGUGCACAGAGGCAUUGAGUGGGACCCGCUGCUACUGGGAGGUCGAGUGGAGUGGAGACGAGACAGCAAUUGGAGUCGCAUGUAAAGGAAUUCACAGGAAAGGAAACGGUGUCGAGAUCCUCCUUGGGUACAAUGACAAGUCCUGGGUUUUGUGCUAUGAUGAUUGCGUAUAUGUUUUCUGGUUUAAUAAGAUGCAUACUGUAAUUGACGCCCCCUACAGUCACAGAAUAGGCAUCUAUCUGGACUGUCCAGGUGGCUCUUUGUCCUUUUAUGCCAUCUCAGAAGACACAGUGACCCUCCUGUACAGGUUCAAGGCGUCCUUUGAUGAGCCACUCUAUGCAUCGUUUCAUGUUCCUCUACCAGACUCUAGUGUGACAAUCUGCUCCCUUCUGGCCAGUAGCGAAUGACAUCUGCCGGUCACCUCACAUUUCUGUCACACUGGCUGAAUUGUAACUUUAGAGACGAGGAAAAUUCCAGAGAUCCACCAGCCUUCAAUGUGGCUGAGAGAGAACAGACACUUUUCAGCUAAGUUCCCUUCCUAGAUAUUCCCAGUGAAAGCCCCUCAAUCCUUCACCCCUAUUUUGUGUUUAAUACUCUCAAUGACCACAUGGCGGCAACCUCUUAAUGGUUUAAAAUUAAAAUUCAGCCUCAUGCGUGACAGAGACCAAAGCCAUGGGGACAGACAUGUCAUGAGAGUCAAGUCCUUGUCAUCUGCAAUUUUUAGUUCAUUUAAUUUGGUGUCUUAAACGGGUGUUAAACGAGGUCAGGGCUGACUGGUCCACUCUUUCUGUUUGUUUUAUUACGGUCCAGUCCUAUGGCACAGCUCUGUCCUCACAGCACCAGGGUUCAGAUCUUGCCUUGGUCAGGCUCAGUGGGGGGUUUCCAUGUACCCUCAGUGUUCAUUUGUUUCACUGAGUCUUUCAGUUUAUCCCCCAAAUCUCACAGAUCUUAGUUUUAGAUCCCCUGUUGUGUGAGUUCAUCCCCUCCUCUGAUGGAUCAGCAUCCUCUUCAAGGUCAACUCCUGCCUUGUUAACAGGAGACCCUGAGACUUCUCACCACUGAACAGUUGGUUUGAGGGGCUUGGAUGGA